CGCCGGCGGCUCACUUGUACGCGAAGCUCCGUUGCCGCCGCUCGCGCACAACUUAAAGCUCUCUAAAGCUUCCCUUAUCGUGCAGUGCUGUUUCGAUCGCAUCGCCGACCGGUCGCGCGACCCAUCUCAAUCAUGCUACAAGAAAUUCAACUCGUUCAAGGUCAGACGAACUAUGUCGUUGUAUCUUCUGGAUAUCCAUCAACGACAGUAAAGACAGCUAUGGAGAAGAGGAACAUACCAAUCGCUCCUGCUCCGGAGAAGAAUUAUGUCACACAUGACACACCUCCAAAUCUGCAAUAUAGAAAAAAGGUCCACUUUAGAACUAAUCCGUAUACUGGACCUCAGGCUGUAUCAAUCGCUCGACGCAACGCCCGUGAACGGAAUCGCGUAAAACAAGUGAAUGAUGGUUUUAAUGCAUUACGACGACACCUCCCAGCUUCUGUGGUCGCUGCAUUAUCCGGUGGCGCUAGACGUGGUUCCGGCAAAAAACUCAGCAAGGUUGACACACUGAGAAUGGUUGUCGAGUACAUAAGGUAUCUCCAGCAAUUAUUGGAAGACGGUGACGCAGCUUUAGGCAUUACUCGUGACCAGGAAAAUAGAGAAAAUAUUCCGAACAGUACUAAUACUCAACCAAUGACUUCUAUGGAUAUGGACGAUGGAUUUUUUUACGGAAGUGGAUCACCUUGUUCUGAAAAAGCAGGUUCUCCAGCACCUUCGGAAUGUUCUUCAGGAGUUUCAUCAGCGUAUUCGAAUGUAGAUCGUUACGAGGUUACCACACAACAGCAUCUGGGUCCUAUGGAUGAGGAUGAAUUAUUAGACGUCAUCUCGUGGUGGCAACAAAAAUAGCAAUAUGGUCAAAUAACUGCAAUAUUGGACGAUUCCCUCCGAUAAUACGUGCAUUAUUUUUGCAUUUAUUUUGAAUAAAUACGAAAAGACUCUUGUAAAUCUAGUCAAACCAGUAGUGCCUUACCGUGGAUGUGUUUUCUAAGCAAGUAUUGAAACAUCGAAGUGCUAAUGAAAUUUCCACUUUCGUCUUAGUUUUGUCAUUUGUUACCUGUUAAUUAAACUUAUUGAGGCUUUGGAAUUCAAGCAAUUGUACAAUUUAAGUACUUUUAAAGCCCAUGAACAACUGUAAAUAUUAGAUAUUAAUCUUAAUUUAAGGUAUAGAAAUAAAUUAUUUAUUGAAUUUGUGAAUGUUCA